GUGUCCCAGGAGCCCCCGCGGGCGGCGAGAUGGCCAAGAUGGCGGCAGCCGUGGGGUCGAUGGCCACGCUGGCGGCUGAGCCCGGAGAGGACGCCUUCAGGAGGCUUUUCCGUUUCUACCGGCAGAGCCGCCCUGGGACCGCAGACCUGGGAGGCGUCGUCGACUUCUCGGCCGCUCGACCAGCCUGCGGCGCCGGGCCCGACGGCCGCCAGGUGGUGAGGUCUCCGCUGAACGUGACCUCGGUCAGUGAGCAGAAUGCUCGCAGGGCAGGACUCGAGCCAGUCAGCAAGUGGCGAGCCUACGGACUGGAAGGCUAUCCUGGGUUUAUUUUCAUCCCCAACCCCUUCCUCCCGGGUUCCCAGAGGCACUGGGUAAAGCAGUGCCUUAAGUCGUAUUGCCAGAAGCCCAACGUGUGUAACCUAGACAAGCACGUGGUGGAGGGAGAGACCCAGAAUCUGUGGGCGCAGAGUAGAGACUUCCUGAGGUCUGAACACGGGAGUAAGCGGAGACCCCGAAGCUUGCUGGAGAAGCUGCGGUGGGUGACGCUCGGAUACCAUUAUGACUGGGACAGCAAGAAAUACUCAGCCGAUCAUUACACACCUUUCCCUUCUGACCUGGCUUUCCUCUCAGAGCAAGUGGCGGCCGCCUGCGGGUUUCAGGACUUCCAGGCUGAGGCCGGCAUCCUCAACUAUUACCGCUUAGGCUCCACACUGGGCAUCCACGUGGACAGGUCCGAGCUCGACCACUCCAGGCCCCUGCUGUCCUUCAGCUUCGGCCGGUCGGCCAUCUUUCUCCUGGGGGGCCUCCGAAGGGACGAGGCCCCCACGGCCAUGUUCAUGCACAGCGGAGACAUCAUGGUGAUGUCGGGCCUCAGCCGCCUGCUGCACCACGCGGUGCCCCGGGUGCUGCCCGGCCCCGACGAGGAGCGGCUGCCCCGCUGCCUGGACGCGGCCCUCCCCGCGCCGCUGCCCGCGGACUCGGUGCUGGAGGCCUGCCCGGAGGAGGACUGGCGGGUGUGCGCCGGCUACCUGAGCGCCGCACGCGUCAACGUGACCGUGCGCCAGGUGCUGGCCCCGGGCCAGGGCUUCCCUCCGGAGCCCGCCGAGGGCGAGUGCCACCCGCUGGACGGCGACAGCCCGGGGAAGCGAGCCAGGCUGGCGCCCUUGUAGCUGACGUCCCCUGGACCUGGGGCGCCAUCUGCCUCUGAGCUGCUUGCUGUGGGGCCCCACGCUGCCCCUCUGCUCCAUCUCUGGGCGAAGUAAACACGGCUUCCCACGUCGAGUCCGCGCCUUUAUUAAUGGGGAUGCGACGGCACUGCCCCCGCCUGGCGACGUGUGGCCCACACGCCAGCCCUUCACUGUCUCAGUCUCUUAGCUCUUCCUGUCAGCAUCAGAGUUCUGGGGCGUCUCUGAUCUCUCCUUGGUGAUGUAAAUCAAGAUGGUUAUAUAAGUUAAGAUGGCCAGGGAGAUAGCAUAAUGGUUAUGCAAAAAGCGUAUCAAUGGGGACAGGCACAAGCCCCGGCCCCCUCUUGCAGGGGGGAAGCUUCACAAGUGGUGAAGCAGGGCUGUGGGUGUCUCUUCAGGUGUCCUCUAUUCAACAAAGUCUAGAAUGAUUUUCAGGGGAGUCGGGCGGUGGCGCAGCGGGUUAAACGCAGGUGGCGUAAAGCGCAAGGACCGGCAUAAGGAUCCCGGUUCGAGCCCCCGGCUCCCCACCUGCAGGGGAGUCGUUUCACAGGUGGUGAAGCAGAUCUGCAGGUGUAUUUCUCUCCCCCUCUGUCUUCCCCUCCUCUCUCCAUUUCUCUCUGUCCUAUCCAACAACGAAGAAAUCAGUAACAAUAAAAAAACUACAAUAAAACAAGGGCAACAAAAGGGAAUAAGUGAAUCAAUAGAAAAAA